CUUUUAUUACUAUUUUACUUAUUUCCAAUCCUCUUUCCACCGCCAUCCCCUACCUACACCGUCAUAGCGCCACCCAGCACACAACUAACCAAACUGCCACAUAACUAACAAUUUCCAAAAGUUUACAUCUUUCAUUUUCCCUUUUUUUAGGGGUUUUCGAAACCCUGAUUUAAUUUUUUUCCCUCUCUAACUUCUUCACCAUUAUCGUUCACUGCAUCUCCUGUUUUCCAGAUUUUUGUUGAAGUAAAUUGGAACUAGGGUUAUCAGUUUAGAAUUGAGAAAUGGCGUCGAUAGACCCAGAAAUAGCGAAAACUCAGGAAGAGAGGAAGAAGAUGGAGCAGGAAUUAGCCUCUCUUUCAUCUCUUACAUAUGAUACUGAUCUUUAUGGGAGCAGUGGGAGGGAGGAUUAUGUCCAGUCAAUUCCUGUUGAUGAUGAUGAGGAUAAUACGGAUGCUAUGGAUAAUGAGGUGGCUCGUAAGUUGGCUUCUUAUACGGCCCCAAAGUCUCUUUUGAAGGAAAUGCCUGGUGCUGGGGCUGAUUAUGAUGAUGGGUUGAGGAAGCCGCAAAGGAUUAUUGAUCGUGAGGAUGAUUAUAGGAGGAGGAGGCUUGAUCGGGUUAUUUCUCCUGCCAGGCAUGAUGCUUUUGCGAUGGGGGAUAAGACCCCGGAUGUUGGUGUCAGGACUUAUGCUGAUGUGAUGAGGGAGGAGGCGUUGAGGAGAGACAAGGAGGAGACGUUGCGAUUGAUUGCUAAAAAGAAGAAAGAAGAGGAGGAGCAGAAGAAGAGUUUGGAAGAGGAGAAAGGAGCUGCUGCUGCUCAAGCUCAGCCUUCUCAGAAGAGGAGAAAUAGGUGGGAUCAGUCUCAGGAUCAGCAAGGGGAUGAGGGUGUAGCAAAGAAGGCCAAGUCUUCCUCUGAUUGGGAUUUAGCUGAUUCAACCCCGGGAAUUGGAAGGUGGGAUGCCACUCCCACACCUGGGAGACUCGGUGAUGCUACACCAUCUGCUCGGAAGAAUAGGUGGGAUGAGACACCAACACCUGGCCGUGCACAAGAUUCUGAUGCUACUCCAUCUGCUGGUGGGCUCACUCCUGGUGCCACUCCUGCUGGAUCAACGUGGGAUGCCACUCCAAAAAUCACUGGUAUGGCAACACCGACACCAAAACGUCAGAGAUCAAGGUGGGAUGAAACUCCAGCUACCAUGGGGAGUGCAACACCCAUGGCUGGGGCAACUCCUGCGGCUAUGACCCCUGGUGUGACACCUGUUGGUGGGGUUGAUAUGGCUACACCUACUCCUGGGCAGAUUAAUCUGCGUGGCCCCGUAACUCCUGAACAGUAUAACUUGAUGAAGUGGGAGAAGGAUAUUGAAGAGAGGAACAGACCCUUGACUGAUGAAGAGCUUGAUUCCAUGUUCCCACCUGAAGGAUAUAAGAUCUUGGAUCCUCCUGCUUCAUAUGUGCCAAUUAGGACCCCAGCAAGGAAGCUUCUUGCCACACCCACUCCAAUGGGGACUCCACUUUAUCAAAUACCAGUUGAAGACAGGAAUCAGCAGUUUGAUGUUGGAAAGGAGCCUGCUAAUGGGUUGCCAUUUAUGAAACCAGAGGACUAUCAAUAUUUUCAGGCGUUGUUGAAUGAUGAAAACGAGGAAGAGCUGUCACCAGAGGAGCAGAAGGAAAGAAAGAUUAUGAAGUUGCUACUUAAAGUGAAAAAUGGUACUCCUCCUCAGAGGAAGACUGCGUUGCGGCAACUCACUGACAAAGCAAGAGAAUUUGGUGCUGGUCCGUUGUUUAACCAAAUUUUGCCUUUGCUUAUGCAGCCGACAUUGGAAGACCAAGAACGACAUCUUCUUGUGAAAGUUAUUGACAGGGUGCUGUACAAGCUUGAUGAGUUGGUUCGACCUUUCGUGCACAAAAUUCUUGUGGUUAUUGAGCCACUCUUAAUUGAUGAAGACUACUAUGCCCGUGUUGAGGGGAGGGAAAUUAUUUCAAACUUGAGUAAGGCUGCUGGAUUGGCCACUAUGAUUGCUGCAAUGAGACCGGAUAUUGAUAACAUUGAUGAGUAUGUCAGGAAUACAACCGCGAGGGCUUUUAGUGUUGUGGCUUCAGCUCUAGGUAUACCUGCUCUGCUGCCAUUUUUAAAGGCUGUCUGUCAAAGUAAGAAGUCAUGGCAAGCUAGGCAUACAGGUAUUAAGAUUGUCCAACAGAUAGCCAUUUUGAUUGGUUGUGCUGUGCUGCCACACUUAAGAUCUUUGGUGGAGAUCAUAGAACAUGGUCUUAAUGAUGAGAACCAGAAGGUCAGAACAAUUACUGCACUUUCUCUGGCAGCUCUAGCUGAGGCUUCAGCCCCGUAUGGUAUUGAGAGUUUUGACUCUGUAUUGAAACCGCUGUGGAAAGGUAUCAGAUCACACCGUGGAAAGGUCUUGGCUGCAUUCUUGAAGGCCAUUGGUUUUAUCAUUCCGUUGAUGGAUGCUCUUUAUGCUAGCUACUAUACAAAAGAAGUUAUGUUUAUUCUUAUUCGGGAGUUCCAGUCACCAGAUGAAGAAAUGAAGAAGAUUGUUCUGAAAGUGGUUAAGCAGUGUGUUAGCACUGAGGGUGUAGAGGCUGACUACAUUAGAAGUGAUAUCCUUCCUGAGUUCUUUAAGAACUUUUGGGUUAGGAGAAUGGCUCUUGACAGAAGAAACUACAAGCAGCUUGUGGAAACUACGGUAGAGAUAGCCAACAAGGUUGGCGUUGCUGAUAUAGUUGGUAGGAUAGUGGAGGAUCUUAAAGAUGAGAGUGAACCCUAUAGGCGUAUGGUCAUGGAGACAAUAGAGAAAGUGGUGACAAACUUGGGGGCAUCUGAUAUUGAAUCUCGUUUGGAGGAGCUUCUGAUUGAUGGUAUUCUGUACGCCUUUCAAGAGCAGACAAGUGAUGAUGCCAAUGUCAUGCUUAAUGGUUUUGGCGCUGUGGUCAAUGCCCUCGGCCAAAGGGUCAAACCUUAUCUCCCCCAGAUAUGUGGUACAAUUAAGUGGCGUUUGAAUAACAAGAGUGCAAAAGUAAGACAGCAGGCUGCUGAUCUUAUCUCUCGAAUUGCAGUGGUCAUGAAACAGUGUGGAGAGGAACAGCUUAUGGGUCACUUGGGUGUGGUUUUGUACGAGUAUCUAGGAGAGGAGUAUCCAGAAGUGCUGGGUUCAAUCUUGGGAGCACUGAAAGCAAUUGUUAACGUCAUUGGUAUGACCAAGAUGACUCCACCAAUCAAAGACCUGCUACCUAGGCUGACUCCAAUUUUGAAGAACAGGCAUGAGAAAGUACAGGAGAAUUGUAUUGAUCUUGUGGGACGUAUUGCAGAUCGUGGAGCAGAGUUUGUUCCUGCAAGAGAGUGGAUGAGGAUAUGCUUUGAGCUUCUGGAGAUGCUCAAGGCUCACAAGAAAGGAAUUCGAAGAGCCACUGUCAACACCUUUGGGUACAUUGCCAAAGCCAUUGGACCUCAGGAUGUCUUGGCUACUCUGCUUAACAACCUUAAGGUGCAAGAACGUCAGAACCGUGUUUGUACAACCGUGGCUAUUGCAAUUGUUGCUGAGACUUGCUCACCUUUCACUGUUUUGCCUGCUCUUAUGAAUGAAUACCGUGUUCCUGAGCUUAACGUGCAGAAUGGUGUCCUUAAAUCUCUGUCUUUCCUCUUUGAAUAUAUUGGUGAAAUGGGAAAGGAUUAUAUCUAUGCCGUGACUCCUCUCCUCGAAGAUGCUCUUAUGGACCGGGACCUGGUUCAUCGUCAGACUGCAGCUUCUGCCGUGAAACAUAUGGCUCUUGGUGUUGCAGGUUUAGGCUGUGAAGAUGCUUUGGUGCACCUGAUGAACUACGUGUGGCCCAAUAUCUUCGAGACUUCACCUCACGUAAUCAACGCUGUCACAGAAGCCAUUGAGGGAAUGAGAGUUGCAUUGGGUGCCGCUGCAAUACUGAAUUACUGUCUGCAGGGUUUGUUCCACCCAGCAAGGAAAGUUAGGGAAGUCUACUGGAAGAUAUAUAAUUCUCUGUAUAUUGGAGCUCAGGAUGCUCUUGUUGCUGCUUACCCGACUUUGGAAAAUGAAGGAGAAAACAUCUAUAGUAGACCUGAGUUGUUGAUGUUUGUGUAAAGUUAGAUGAUGCAUUUCAAAUUUUGCAGAUCUCUCGUUCCACCCUUUGAAACUGUUGCUUAACAGAACUGUUGUAGUGACCUAUGCUCAGUAAUUGUUUAGAUUUGUGUUAAAUAUUUCUGUUGCUUCUGUUUAGUUUUGCUGUAAUUGCUGAAUUUUCACUCUCUUUUUUAAGCAGAAGUCUGAUUUCCGGAAACAAACGUUUUGUUAGACACUAUCCAUCUGAAUGAGCUUCAAAUACUCAAAUAGGAUUCCAAGCUGCAAGAUGAAUUACUGAACUGGAAAUUUGUUUGAUGAUUCAUAUCUGUAAGGCUGUAAGUCUGUAACCAACUUACAGUACUAUAUUCCUGAAUGUCAAAUAGGAUUCCAACCUGAAAGGAUGAAUGACUAAAUGAGGCUGGGUAGUCUUCUGGAACUAAUUUAGUCUUCAAAUAGAAAUUAUUUGGAUUAAUAUUUCUCUUUAUUAAUUUACUUCUUUGUAUAAAUACUAAAUAUAAUGAAAUUUUCACCUUAAUUGACCGUAUUGCUUAUCA